AUGGCGCAGAUCAACCACGUCGAGACCGGAACUCAGCCUAAUCCCCAGUUGUCCCUGAUUCCGUCAACAUGGGAGACCGACGUUCGCGAACUCGACUUGCGUCAUCGCCGAGAGGCCGGCCUUGCUCUCGCUCAGAGCUUCGCCGCCGAUCCACUGUCCCUGUAUGUCAUGGGCAUCGACGAUGCGGCCUGCUGGCCGUCCGAGAAGAUCUGGAGGCUGCAUGUCCUGCUGAUGCAGUAUUCGUAUGCUUCCUACCGCUUCAGGGGCAUUGCAACCACCAUUGGCGGAGAUUAUGACGCCAUUGCACUUUGGAUGCCCCCCGGGACAACAAACGACGACUGGCUUGCCACGCUCUUCAGCGGCAUGUGGCGUCUGUGGUACCAGCUCCCUCGUGAGAGCCGGAAACGGCUCUUUGGUGAGAUGUUUCCUGCGCUGCAUGGCACCAAGGCUGAGGUGCUGGGCGACCGCAACGGCGACAGCUACUACCUGGGUUAUCUUGGCACCAAGGUGAAUUCCAGGGGCAAGGGCCAUGCCACCAAGUUGCUCAGGCACAUGACGGGCAAGGCCGACGCUGAAAACCGCGCCAUGUACCUCGAGUCGUCAAAUGCGUCCAACAACCGGUUUUACGCCAAAUUUGGAUUUGAAGUGAAGAGCGAAAUCGUCCUGACUCGCGGCCCUGUGCCUGUCCGCUUGUUCUGUAUGUUGCGAGAGCCUCAGAUCGACAAGACCAGCAGCUUGGUCGACAUGGGGACCGAAAAGGACUGA